AUCCUCGUGUCUCUCUCUAUAUCCUCUAGAUGUGUCGUCUUGUAUCCUCCGUUUCACCGGAUCUACUACCACAUCUCACAGCCUCUUAAUGCCACACCUGACCUUGUCUCCUCUGCCACUGCUGUUGUUCGCUGCCUUCCUCCUCAGUCCUCACCCAUGGCUCCCGCAAUGCCAUCCCACUUCGCUUUGCGUCUACUCAUCACCAUGCUUCUACCAUUCUGAGCAAAUCCAACCGAGGGAUUGAAAACAACUCAGACAACUAAUGAAUAACAAAUCCGAUAUUGAAAUCCGAUAGCGAAUGACUAAUGAAUAACAAAUGAAAUACCAGCUCUUUUUAAGAGCCUCACCCCUCUUCUCUACCUCUCCUUUCCUCUGCCAUUGACACACACACUCACUCGCACACAACCCUCACAAGUCACACUCACAGUCUCACACCCAGACGCCAGCAGCUCAGCCCCGCCCCUGCAACGGUUGCUGGUGCCUCCUUUCCUGCCUGGCUGCCAAGUUGCCUUGUUCGGCGCACACGCGCAGACACGCGCAGACCACGGGAAGGAAGCAUACAGCUUUGCUCCCCUCAGGAAAGAGGAAGCGCACACGCCUAGUAGCUUUCGCUUCGUCUCGUCUCGAAGGAAGAGGCGGAUGGCAUGAAGAGCCAGGUAUCACCUGCCAAGCAUGAGAGACUGGGCUACCUCUGGUGCCAUUAGAAGAACCCCACCGACCGCACCACAAGGAGGAGGAGGAAGAGGAAGAGGAAGAGGAAGAGGAGAAGAUGGGUAACUGCGGGACACGAGAGGAGAAUGCUGUCGUCGCCGCGCACGCGCAAGUUCAGCAGCUCCACCUAUUACAAGAUCCUGCUAAGAAUGCUACUUCAGAUAGGAAGCACACCCACACCUCAUCAGAUAUAAGUGAUCCUUCAACACCUAGGAAAAUUGAAGAUGCCAAGUACAUUUCCAUAUACAACAAUGUGAUUUCCUUCACAUUGUUUGAGCUCGAGACAAUCACAAAGAGCUUCCGUGCUGAUUAUGUUCUUGGUGAAGGAGGGUUUGGGACUGUUUACAAGGGUUACAUAGAUGAGAAUGUCAGGGUUGGUUUGAAGUCGUUGCCUGUUGCAGUUAAGGUGCUCAACAAAGAUGGACAUCAAGGGCACAGAGAAUGGCUUACCGAGGUUAAUUUCCUGGGGCAGUUAAGGCAUCCAAAUCUAGUAAAGUUGAUUGGAUAUUGCUGCGAAGAUGACCAUCGGCUGCUUGUCUACGAGUUCAUGUUUCGAGGAAGUCUAGAAAAUCACUUAUUCCGAAAGACAGCUACGCUGUUACCCUGGGCUACAAGGAUGUCGAUUGCACUGGGAGCUGCCAAAGGGCUUGCUUGCCUCCACAAUGCUCAAAGGCCUGUCAUCUACAGAGAUUUCAAGACCUCAAAUAUUCUGCUAGACUCUGAUUACACUGCUAAACUGUCUGACUUUGGCCUGGCAAAAGCUGGUCCAGAAGGUGAUGAAACCCAUGUAUCAACUCGAGUGAUGGGAACCUAUGGUUAUGCAGCUCCUGAAUACGUGAUGACAGGUCACUUGACUGCUAGAAGUGAUGUCUACAGCUUCGGUGUUGUCCUUCUCGAACUCUUGACAGGGCGCAAAUCCAUUGACAAGUCACGGCCCAGCAGGGAGCAGAGCUUGGUUGACUGGGCCCUCCCCAAGCUCAAUGAUAAGAGGAGGCUUCUCCAAAUCAUCGACCCGAAACUAGAGGGGCAGUAUUCAGUUAGAGCUGCUCACAAAGCCUGCAGUCUUGCAUACUACUGCUUGAGCCAGAACCCCAAGGCAAGGCCUCUUAUGAGUGACGUCGUUGAGACCCUUGAGCCAUUGCAGGGCAGUGGUGGAAGUAAUGGAGCUGGUCAAUCUUCUGGCCUUCCUGACUAUAGAGUUCGCCGCAGGCUAACAGGGAACAGCGUCCACUAUAGGGCCAUCCCAAACCCCAAGUGCUCCCCUGCUGUCCCUGCAUGCAGAGUGAGGUGAGAGUGCUGUUUCAGUUGAUGCUGGAAUAGGUUCAGUUGUAUAUUGCGAAGUCUAAACCAUGGAUGGUGUGGGUGCAUGUGUGCACCAGUGCUGCGUGUGUUUGGGUUUUUCUUUUUUGCUUUUCGACCGGUGUUUUGAUGUGUAAAUUUGAUCUGCAUGCUGCUGCUUGUAAGGCCCUCUAAUUUUCACUGUGGCCUUAUGUAUCCUUGACAGAGUGAGGCCUGCCGAAAGCGGCGGGUUUAACCGUAGAAAUGAAAGGCUGAACUAAGAGUGGUUGGAUGGUUGAUAUGGCAUAUGGUGGUGGUGUUCA